AUGACCAGAGACCCGCGGAAAAAUCUGUUGUUGCAAGAGGAAGUGUCUUUACUUCUCCAAAAGAAUGUAUUGGAAGAAGUAAGUCCACCUCUAGGUUGGGGGUUCUACUCUCGUCUCUUUCUUGUACCCAAAAAGAAUGGACAAAUGAGACCUGUGUUGGACCUCUCUUUUCUGAAUCAGUAUCUGGUGAUUCCACAUUUCAAAAUGGAGACCAACAGGUCGAUCAGAACCUCUCUCCAUACAGGGAUGUGGACGUCUUCUUUAGAUCUGACGGAUGCUUAUUUUAUCCGUCCCAUUCAGUGGUAUCUUCUGGAAUUUUGGGUACCAGCCCCACAACAGUGGGAAGCUGUUAUUCCCAUUCUUCCCAGAUUGUAUCCUCAUCUUCUGUGGUGGUCAGUGGGAGAGAAUGUUAUGAUAGGGUGCUCGCUAGACCCCCCAGUUCCUUCUAUGACCCUGUUUACAGAUGCUUCUCUGACAGGCUGGGGAGCUACCCUGGAAGGCAGAGAGGCAUCAGGUAUAUGGUCCGGUCUCCAGUUGACAGAACACAUCAAUUUACUGGAGAUGCGGGCUGUUCUUCUGGCAUUGAAACACUUUUCCCAAUUUGUUCAGGGUCAAUCUCUGAUGAUAGCCACAGACAAUACAACAGUAGUGGCUUAUCUGCAGAAUCAGGGCGGCACACAUUCUCAGUCUCUUUACCUUCUGUGCAAAGAAAUUCUGUUGUUUUGCCGUUCCCUGGGAAUUCGCUUGUCAGUCAGGCAUGUUCCUGGCAAUCUGAAUCUAGUAGCGGAUGCUCUCUCAAGGUCACUGCAUCCAGUGAAUACAGAAUGGGAGUUACAUCCAGCAGUCUUUCAGGAGAUCUGUCUCAAGUGGGAUCGUCCUCAUAUAGACCUCUUUGCUACGCAUCUGAAUUGCAAACUGCCAACGUUUGUCUCUCCGAUUCCAGACAACAAAGCUUUAGCAGUGGAUGCAAUGUCUUUCGAUUGGAAGGGGAUGUUUUCUUACAUGUUUCCUCCUUUUCGCCUUCUUCCCAAGAUUUUACACAAAAUCAGGGUAGAAAUUUGCAAGACCAUUCUUAUUGCUCCAGCAUGGCCAAAACAAUCUUGGUUUCCAGAUCUUCUUCAACUGUGUUGUGCGAGACCAAUUCUUCUUCCUCUCAGGAAAGAUCUUUUGUCUCAAUUCAAAGGCAGGAAAGUUCAUCAGAAUCUUUCCAACCUCCAUCUACACGCAUGGUUACCGUCAGGGAAUCUCUCAGACAGGAUGGCUUUUCUGACAGAGCAGCCAAACGUAUCUCUAGUUCGGUCAGAAAAUCUACAGGAGCAAUUUAUGACUCUAAGUGGAACAUCUUCUGUUCUUGGUGUUGUUUAA